AUAAAAAUGGCGGAAACUUCAAUAUUGAGAUGAGUGACAAUUGAAUCUUACUUCAUACUGAUCGCAUAUUGCUUGAUUUCUGUUCAAAUUACUGUGUUUGUGAUGAAUUAAGAACAUUUGACUUAAAUGUCUCGCAAUAAAGCAAAAAAAUCGUCGAAGACAGGCGGGUUUGGAUCAGUGCAGAAGAGAGUGAAUUCCAUUUCUCGACGGGUAAGUUUGAGAAGAUGUGAUGGUCAUUAUGACUUUGAUGUUUACUUGGUCCGAUCUUACACUAAAUUUACAACGCAAUAAUUUAUUGUUUUCCUUGUUCAGAAUAUAAUCCACAAUGUGUUAAUUAAGGGGAUUUGAUUUAAGGUUGAUGACUUCUACGAUCGCCUGGAUGUUUCGUCAUCAAUUACAGCACCAGAAAGAAAGGACAAUUAUGACAAGUGGGUAAUACAUCAAGGUUUUCAAAUAAUUAACUCAUCAUAACUUUGGACAUUUUUCAUUAAAAUCUCUUACAGCUUAACCACUUGUCGAGUAUGUAAUAGCUAUUGCUUAGAAGUUUUAGAGCUGUAAGUAGCAACUGAACUUAGCGUUUCUUUAUAGUAUGGUAUAGUUCCUAUCGAAGCUAACUGCAGAUAUUAUACAUUUUCGUAACAUGAGCUUCACUGUGGGAUAUUCUUGAUAGUUUCGUGGAAAAGUUAGUGCAUGGAAAUUACUGUUUGAGAUAUGAUACAAAAAAGGGUUUAGAUUGUCAUAUGAAAGAAAUUUCUAAAUGAUAAAGGAACCCAUGAAAUUGUUCAUUAACAUUACCCAAUUUUUAUGCAGCUAAAAUGAAAAUUUAAAAACUACCGGUACACAUUCAAAGUUUGGAUAUUCUGUGUGAUACAUGAACUUUGCUAUUAUGUAACAUGAUAUUUAAUUCUGAUUUUUGCAUUAAUUAUUUUCUGUCAGCUGUGUAAAAUUAAAGGAUGAAAUUGAACAACUGUCCAAUGAGCUCUUCAGUCUCUCCAAGGUGUGGAAUAAAAAUUCUUUGGUUAUAUUAUUGUUAUUGUUAUUAUUAUUAUUUAUAUAUUUGUUAUUGCAAUGUUUGCCAUGUUUAUGUUGCUGAAAAAAGGUUUUUCAAAAUGCUUUACACUGUAAUUAUACACUAUUAUAUGGCAACAUGAAGAGGUUAGGUAAUGACUAUGUAUGUUUUACUAUUAUUUAAACAUCCUGAACCAGUCUAAUUGAAUCUUUUCUUUGACAUGAAGUCUAUUGCUGCUAUGCCAAGACAACAGUUUUAAGAACUAAACUGGUUCAAGAUAUAUAUGUUAUUUGUUGGCUGGGAGGUCCGCAUGGUGAAAAACUGUGACCGAGGUCUUGAAAAUACUGCCCAAGGCUGUAGAGUGAGGGCAGCAUUUCAAGACUGAGGUCACAGUUUUUCACCAUAUGGACCGACCAAGUUUAAAAAAAUAAUCAGUAUGAAGUAAGAUUAUUUUUUUAAACUUGACAAAAUUCUUUCCAAAAGAACCCUAAUGAUUACCGGUUACCAGUUGCAGUAAAUAUGGCAAGACCCUUCAUAAGCUGAACAAUUUUUGAGCGAGUAAAUGGUAGUUAAAAUAGAGGUGAUGCAAAUUAAAGAGAGAUGCCUCACUGAAACAUUUUCAUUUCCGUAACGACAAAGGUGAUUUAAAAGGCUUCCAAACAAACUUUGAAACAUUAUUUUUACAAGUAUCUGUCACAAUCUGACACCUGUCAAUUAGAGAGCACGUAAGAAAAAAAAAGCACAAGAAGAUUUGAAAACUACAGAACUAGUUUGGCAAGGCUAUCAUGACAAUGUUUUCUUCAGUAACAGUCAAUGAUCUAAUGGGAAGUAUUAUUCACUCUCAUUGACGAUUCAUUGUACAAAGAUUUACCUCUGUUCAUGAAGUAAACGGCAAGGAAAGUAAUUGUGAGUAAAUUCAAAUUUUUUAUUUUGAAGUUGUGAGAGUUUGUUCAUUUCUUUGCUCCAAUGGCAUGUGUAAAUCUGGUCUUUCCUCCACAAAAACUCAAUUCGAAUGGCACACUCCAACAAAACACACAGGGAUUUAAUGCAGCCUUUUCUCAUUAAAUUCCUUCAGUUUUUGUUGUGCAAUUUAUGGUACAAAUGUCCAAAUUGAAUGGAAAGACUCACUGAGAGCAUAUAUUUGUUGUAGAACUUAAAUUAAAACUUGGCUUGCUCUUUCACUAUGAACAAAUUGUUUGAGAAAAUUCAGGUAUUAAAUGGAUGAAAGUUCCAUUGUUCAGUUUAACUGUAACCAAAUACUUCACUUUUUUACUUUCUAUGUACUUUUUGUGAACGAUUUAAAUUAAUUGCAGAAGGUUUUCAGGCCGCUUGUCAACCAAUGUAAUGACACUAUUGCUUAUACAAAUUCAUUCUGAAACCAAUAUUUUUCUCUCAACCAAAGUGAUUUGAGAGAGAGAAAAGAGAGGAUUUAUAAGUUAUUUAUUGGCUUGAGGUAGUGACCAACAUGUUUGCUUAAAAAUACUGCCUGGCCAGAAAAAGUUGGGAUGUACUCAGUGACUCAUGAAAGCGUUACUGUGGCCCAUGGGCAGAGAUAGGAAAAUUCUGACCAGGUAAAGAACCAAUCAGGUUUAAGGAUUUGUUACCAUGCCCUCUAAAAAAAUAAUAAUAAUAUAGAUCAUCAAUAAACUGAGGCUAACAAAUGCAUUAUAUUCAGAUACAGAUAAGCUUUGGCCCAGUCUCCUUCUCCCUCAAGAUAUACCACUGUGAUGAAAUGUUAUCAUGUACUGUAUUUCCUCAAAUAAGUGCAUGGGCACUUAUUUCAAAUCAAGGGUUAAAAAAAGGGGUGGUUAUCAAAAGGAGGGCGCUUAAUCAAAGGGAGUGCUUAUUUCUCUCUUGUGUUGUUCUGGUUGGAGUUGAAGCUUAAAACGUUACAAAUUAAGUGGCAAUAGAAACAGGUGUUCCCUAAGAAAGUGAGUGAGGAGGGGGAGGCUUAUUUGACAGGGACACUUGUUUGAUUGUUUGUUUCAGGUCCUAUUUACAAUUACUCGUUUCAGUAGUGUUCUUAGCUGCGAGGAUCUCCUAAUUUCAUCUCUCCACCGCAGUGCAAAUAUGUGAAAUUUUCAUAUAUCUAAAAUCUUCGAAAUACAGUUUCUCAUCAUGUUGUAACCUCAGAUGUGAAUUACAAUAGAGUGAUGACACACAACUAAUCCUUCUUAGUGAAUGAUGUUCAAUGGUUUAAUCUUAUUGUGCCCUGAUCUGAUUGAUUGAUUUUAAGAGCUGUGAUUGCAGCAUAUGGACUAUAUGUUCACCCAUUGGGUUACUGCUGUUCAGUCCUGCUGUUGUUGUGUUUCAUAAUCAUGGGCAACCAUAAUUCUGGGAUUUAUUAUUGACUGUUUAUUCAUAAUGAUCUUGUAUUGUGCAAUGAGACCUGACAGAAGUUAAAAAAGAGGACUACUUUAAGCUUGGCUUGUUUCUGAUAUCAGUUUAGUUUGACUAAUCAUCUCUUAAUCAUUGUGUUAUCAGGCUGAUAAUGAAGGCUCCUCACAAGAUUUUAAUCUACAGAAAAGGAAAGAACAGCAAAAGUUGGAACAUUUGAAGGUAAUGAAAAACAAGAUUGUUUUCAGAACAUUACAGAUCAUAUUAAGCUUGGGGUACUGUAUUUGUAAAGUUAUGCUUACAAUAAAGUGUAAGCUAGGUGGGUCUUGUUAAACCUGUGAUACUUAACAAUUAUAUGAUAUGCCCCUGAAUGUGGUUGAGAUGUUUCUUUGAAUAUGAAAGCAAUCUCCGCAUGAUGAACACUACUUACACAGUAGUGAAAAUAAGGCCUGAAAAGGAAAAUUCAGGCCUGUACAGGAUUUGAACCCAUGACCUCCGAAUCAAUGACUGUGAAUAUAUGAAAAUCAUAUAUGUGAACUGCAGAUGAAGAAAUGAAUAUGAAAGCAAUCUUCACAGUAGCAAUAUGGCCUAAGAUAUUCCUUCAUCAAGCACUCAUGAAAAAAAAAAAACCAACAGCAUUUUCAUUCACAAAACAAAUCAUCUUUAUUUCAAGUGCCAAAAUCCAUUCACAAUGGAAUCUAUAAUUUUAUAUUUUUUAUAUGUGGAUAACAAUAAAAUUUUACAUAUGAAUACAUUACUGAUAUGUUUGCCAAAGGAAAAAAAAUCUGUUGAUUUUGAUUGAAAUAGGUAAGAUUUAUAUAGGCUAAGAUAUAGCAAUAAAGAAUUAAAGACUCAUAUUGAGAAACGUAAUUAAUUCAUUUACAAAUCAUAUUUUGUUCUUGAUGUCAUAGCGUUCUACUCAUUUUGAUAUCAGUCAACUGUUAUCUUUUGUCACUGUUCAAGGAAACAUCUAGAACUUAAAUUAAAGUAGUCGUUAACGUCAUUUGAUCAGCACGGGAAAACACAUUUGAGGUAGUCGGGAGUGUUUUGUUUUUUUUCGUCGUAUUUGAUUGGUUGACAAAUAAGCGCUUGUUUUCGGGACCAAUCACAGCAUAACCUAUAUCACAAAGAAAGCUAUUUUAAGUUACUUUCGACUACUCGAACAUUCAAUAAAUCAAAAGUCAUUAACAAUAAUAAAUUUCCUGAAGUGUUUGUUUGAAAACAGCUGCAUAUCCCUAAGACAACAACUUGAGCAAAUCGCAAUUUACAUCCCAGACGGUAGUGGCACUUAUUGUUUGCAUUCGUCUUUACCAAUGUUUUUUUUUAGUUCCGCCAGAAACACUCUAAGCUCCAGAUCCUUUCUGAUAUCAAAGUGUUUGCAUGGAUUUAGCAAGAAGCAAUAUUUUCAAGUGAUAUCCCUUAGCUUUCAGCUGCGGUAGCUCAAUUUUAAGGAGCUCUUACAACCACAUGGAGUGAGGCAUAUUUGCUAGAAGAAGGAUAAUGCAAAAGUCUUUGUUUCACACUUACGAGGUUUGCAAGAUUCAGUGUUAAAAUUAAUCCCACUGUUUUGAAGGUGUUCAUUUUUAGAUGCAAACUCAAACGACUUGCAAGAUAUACUUAAAAGUGCAUUUGUUCCAUGCCUAGAGGAGAUGAUGUUUCCUUUUCCCCUUGCAUUACGCAUUUCGAUUAACCUGCGUCGAAUAUUUUGCGACAAGUAAAAACUCGAAACAAUUAAUUUAUUCACAUAUCGUUAAGUGUUAAGUUUAAUUCUAUUUGGUACAACAAACAUCUUUCACUAAACAACAUAGAAAUUUUCGCCAACAAACUCCUGCAUCCGCCAAAACACUAUCGUUUUUUGUCCGAAUUAUUUUAUUCUUAAUUCAAGUUAACUUCGUGACUGCUUUGUUUAGCGUUUACGUUUUCGUUGAAGAAAUACGAGUGCACUUCGAUAUAAUAUUUUAGCGAAAAUCUCACGUUGAAAAUAAUCUGUUGUAAUACGGUUCGUACCAGUCUAGUAAAAUCUUUCAAAAUGUGGGGGGGGUUUAUUUAAUUAUAAUAUUUCACCAAAUUUCAUUUGUAUGUUAUUGUUGUUACCAUAAAACCAACGAGUGCGGAAAUUAGCACGGCCUUUGCAUAAUUACUAUGCCUUGUUUAGCCUUUGUGUUUAAUUAAACUGAGAAAAAUACUAAUUAGUAAACAUAAAAUAAUCCGGCUUAAGGAAAACAUUUGAAAUAAAUGUAUUGAUGGUGUAUUGCUAAUUAACACACAGCGGCGCAAGUUCGAAUAGAACAAAGAUGUUUACAACAAAGUUGUCAUGCGUUACUAAGAAAUGUGUUCAUUGUUCUUCUGCCAGAGUGAUAUCCGCCAAAAACAGUGUAACAUCUUCGGAUGAGUCUUUCAAGUAACUGAACUAUUUUGAUUCUUGUUUUUGUUUCAUAGAGCAAACUGGACAGAAUAUCUGAACAGCUUGAACCCGAUGAAAUCGAAGAGGAUUAUUUCAGGUGUGGAAAACAUGUCGAUUUAGACGUGCAAAUGAGUAUAUUCAAACACAUGUUUAUUUCUUUUAUUCCCUCCUGCCAACUAAAGUCAGUCGACCGUAAUAAGGAUUUGUGAAAUGCUUCGUCAGUUGAACCAUGUUGGAGCAGUUUUAAGCUACGCUUGGCCGUCCGUAUCAUUCCUGAGGCAUUAUUGUAGUAGUCCGCUAAUUCAAGUAAAUGCUAUGUGCGUACUAACUCGCGUCAUUAACAUUUUGAACGCUGAAUAGGGUUUAUUGUCAUUGUGAUAUAGGAAAAGUAAUUAGAAUGAUUUAUUGUGGCAUGCCUCAAGAACACAACUUUCCCUUAAGCGCGAAAAAUCACUAAAAGGGAUUAACGGAAUCGCGAUUGGUUCUUGAUUGUAAUCCGCUCACCUUGAAUAACUCGAUGAAUGUUUGUGUUCAAUCGAGUUACGAAAAAAUUGUUGUCGGUCUUUUUGAAUCAAGUUUUUAGAACAACUUUCGAGUCAUUGUUGGAAGAUAAAAAAUUGUUGGUGUUCAUCCAGUGUCGAUGAUUGUAAUGAUGAUGAUGAAGAUUUUUAUGUUAUCAACUUCGCAGAAAGAUGCAAGAAGGUGAUGUUGGUGCCUCCAACAGUGAUUUACUGACGGAUAAAGCUGAUGAUGAUGACACGCGCAUGCCCGAUAGGUGACUCUCAAAAUAAAAUAUAUUUUGUAAUGCGCCUAGAAGGCGAUAUUUGUCAAUAUGACCAACAGCGACUGCAUGAAAGUGGAAUGCGGACUGAAUCACUUGGAGAUGUUCUGCUUGGAUGGAUCCCUUUAAAAUCUUCAAACAACGACUUGACCCAAAUUUCAAUUUCGUAAUGAAAUUUGGAAUGUGUACUUAACUACUUGUUUACAUCGUCUUUUAUACCGUAUUGUCCUUUUUUUUCUCACAAUCUCAAGUGAAGACGACGAUGAAGGUGAAGAAGGAGAAGAUGAAGAUGAAGAUGAUGAAAGUGAAGAGGACACUUCCUCCAACAUAGUAAUGGUGAGCAGUGUUAGAUCACCUUAUCUGGCAGGAAAUGGUAAGCAGCACUUUUUCGAGAAGAAAUUAUGAAACACGAAUAGUCCAUGAUCUAUGCCGGCCUAAGGGCAUUAGCCUGUGAUAACAUUUCGAAAGUCAGGAGGACACACAGAUUUGUGCCCGUGAGAGGAUGAUCAAGUUAAUGUACCGUUAUGGUAAAACUCAUCUAAUCGUAUCAUUUCAUCUGUCCUUAAUUUGUUUCUCUACAAUUCACACAGGUCCGCAAGGUCGAGGCUUUGAGUGAUUUUACAGGGGAGCAGGAUGGCGAUCUCAGUUUUAAGAAGGGAGAGAUUCUAACAGUCAUAAAAACAAGGUACAGUUGAACUUCUCAUAAGUUGCGCUCAAUGCGCCCUGAGGUUUACAAGAGGAACAUUAGACUUCAGGGGAGGGAGGUGUAUGGUGCCAUGGCCUGAUUGUGCUACAAAUCUGUCCUUUUCAUCAGAUUUUCAUGCGCACAUAAAACUCGAUAGAGUAAAAGUACAAAUUGUUCCUUAUUCGACUUGAGCGUAAAUUCAGUGAUUGAUAUGACGUAUGCUUCCAUCUUUGUCUCUUUUGUAAACGUCAGUGAAGAUGGAUGGUGGGAAGCAGAAAACACUGCCGGCAAACAAGGUGUUGUCCCUAAAACCCUUCUCAAGGUAAUGAAAUGUUUUCUUUUUCUGAGUAAACAACAUCAGUAGUGGUAACAAUGCAUAAAAAACAAACAUUGGCUUAAACAGUAAACAAUCAAAACUGAAAUCCAAUUUGAAAAUAUCACGAACUUGUGGAUCUACUCACGUCUUAUUUUAUGAAUAUUUUCUUUUUUUUGUGUGUCUUUCACAAGGUUUCGCUUCGUUCAAUUAAGUUCUCUUUUUUAGAUUAUCGAAGAAAACGAAGAAACCUCGCCAGUGAAACAAAGGGAUGAGCAAUCCGCUGAAAUAAAGAAAGGUACGUUUGGUUUUGCAAUAAAACCUUAGUUCUUCUAUUCCUCAAAAGCAAUCACAGUAUCUAGUGUUUGCACACAAGUUUUUUUCCUCAACCCCUUGCCCUUUUAUUUUGUAAGAAAUGUUUGUUUAAUUCAUCCUUACAAUUUUUAGUUGUAGGGGCACUUGUUAAAACCAGAAUAACAACAAUUCAGGUUUGAUCAUAUUUUCUUUCCAUCGUCGUUUGCAGAGUCAGCAGAUAAAGUUCCGGAGCUUUCCACCAGAAAAAGGUGAAGAAAUGAUUAUGGCCCUGAGAAGGAUUUUGCUAACGAAAUUUGAUAUAAAUCAUACGAUUUUCGUUGAUUAAAAUGUCCUCGAUGCUUUUAAAGAUCUCGUCGGAAAACACAACCUCGUAGACUGCAAAUUUGUCUCUUCCAUGCAGGCGUUCAUUUAAAUUAGGAAUUCCAAUCCUCCGUCCUUUUUUGCCUUGCGCUGCUGUCGCGCUCAGUCUACUAAUAAAACACCUAAGACGGGCUGAAUGUAAAUCAGUUACACCAGUAAAGACUUAGUGAGGUUAAUGUUUUUCACACAACGUGAAUUUUAUUCUUUUGGAAUUUUUUAGUGGAUUGGAUUUGUGGAAAAGUCUAGCCAAAAGUUCAACGCAACAGGUAUUUAUUCCUCCUUUACUGUAAAAUAUGAGCCGUGAUCUUCGUUUGCUGUUUGUUUUGAUCAUCGUAGUAUUGAUGUCUGUUCUCUGAGAAUUGGCCUUAAUAAGUCGCUUAUUUGAAAAGAGCAACUUCAUGCGAGCUUCAUACCAGACGAACAACAAUGACACUAGCUGAUGUAAUAUUUGGACAUCGAACACUCAAGGAGCGCUUAAUUUUCAAACUGGUUCUUAGUUUAAGAGUUAGCUAAAAUAAGAGUGAUAGAAUAACUAGUUUUUCAACUCAUUUUUAUCUUAGCUAUCUCUAAGAACACGUAACGCCAAGAUUCAGUUUGUAGAAUAAGUGCUACUUAGUCUUCCCUUGACAAACAAUUCCCAGUAUCUCUCUGUUUGGUAUACCAGCUGGUCCUGAUCAGUUACAACUGUAUAAAUACGAGGUCAAACUUUUUUAAAAGCUUCCGUUGUUCUUUUAGUGAGAAGAGAUCAUUUUUGUUUCCUUUAAAAUGAUGUGUCAAUCGUCUAGGAAAUUGUCGUAAUGUUACUUCAAAUAAAAGCUGAUUUUUUAAUUCAACGUCAUGUCCAUCUCGUUCAAAGAAAUUACAGCUUUCCGCUUCUGUUUAACGUGCGCGCGACACGUUUAAUUGUGACGUACACUUUUAAGCUCAAUUUCAAAACAAAAGGUUUGUUUCUCUUCUCUCUUUUCGUCGGCUGCUUUUACGGAGCUAAACUUGGCUUUUCCUACAAGUAUGGCAAAUGGUGCUACAAUUUAUAAGUUUGAAGAGGUAUUUAAACGCUCUUUGAAUUGGUUUUGCGUUUUCUUCCGCUUAAUUCAACCUCUCUGCUUUAGCGUAAAAGAUUUAAAUUUACGAGAGGAACUAGAUUGAUUCUUUGGCUAAUUGUAGUAAAAUGAGUUUAGCUUUACUUUAUUUACGAAGACGGCGAUGUCGCUUUCUCUUUUUUUAUUCUUCCGGGCCUUAUCGUCUUGAUAUUUUCUAUUAAAUAUCUCUAAAAUUUAGCGCAAUUUUCGUUUCGUUUGUUGUUAUAUUUUUGCUAUGAAUAUGAUCAGUAGACAAACGAUGCAGUCCUCGCAGCAAAAUGGGAUAUACUCUAUUCGUUAGCAGACAGUACGACAAUCAGCCAAUAAAAGUAAUGCUUUUAUAUAUUUCAAGCAAAAGAUGUCUUCGUGGUUGCCCCACUGGAAUAAAACGUCGGUAAAACAAACAAUAAACGAAGUUAAACCUGUGUGAGACCCCAGUUCGGAAUUCAAAUCUUAUUUAAAGGCAUACUAAGAAAAUGUCCCGUUAUACGGAAAAUAAUUGUGUUAGUGGCUUUGCCUGGGCCGAAGUAACUACUAAUCCUUAAAAAUACAAAACAAAGUAUUUUUUCAGUUCCAAUUUAAACAACCCGUUGUCUUUACGUUGUCUCCGUGUAACUUUCUCUGCAAUAAUGCGUCGUACAAUAUUGUGUUUUUCUAAUUUUGCCUAUGGCCUUGGUGAAUAAAAUAAUACAGGCGACUGAUGUGAUUAGUUUUUGAAUUCCAAAUCAGGGUUGGUGAUAUAAAUAAUGUUUCUGUAUUCACAGAUAGGCUUUGUUAAUUGUCGCUUUCCCUGUCAAUUAUAUUCAAGCGUUAUUCGUUUAAAUGUGUUAAUUUAUCACUCAAAAAACGAUGAGUAUCGAACUAGCAAAAUUAUCUUGCAAACUAAUGGCGAUAUUUAUGGAAAUAUUUUAAUCUGCAUUGAUGACACUUGCAGGAUAAAAUGAAAUUGUGUAAACUCAUUAUACUAUGAAAGGGCUAUUUCCAACGAUUAUUCCUGGUUGAUUUUUUUCUAGUUUUCGUAACAACAAAAUGCAGAAUUAAUCUUGUCCAAGCUGACUUUCAAAGUCACGAGAUUUUACAGACUCUACUUGAAGAAAUUAGUCGAUUCAUGCAACAUAGAGUCUUUCUUUUUUAUUUAAAAACGUUUGUGGCCUUUCUUUUAAAUGUCGCGUUGCGUGACCGUUAUGUCAUACCUUACCGAGAAACCCUGAAACCCACACUCCAGCUCAACACCCAUCGACACUCAACGUAACUAGUGUGUGACCUUCACGCAGGAAAUGGAAAAAAUAUAGCACGGAAACUCCCUCCCGUAUGAAGUAAAAAACAUGAAAAUGAAUGUGGUGGUGAAUUUGAUUUCCUCUUCUCAGACUAGUGCCACAGACGUGUUGAAAGCUAUGGGUGCCAUGCCAAGUGGUUUCCGAUCAACAACGCUUGGAAAACUGGCCAAAGAAGGCAAGCUGUUUUUAAGAUUAAUUCCCUGAGUUUAAAUGUUGAUUUCUGUUCGAUUUUGCAGCACACGUCAAAAGUAUCUAGUUUGUCACAGCGGAGCACUUACCUGAGGCUGUGGGGUUUUUUUAUCUCUUACGUUAUAACAAACGUCGGAAUGAAUCAGAUAAAGGACGAAGUAAACGAACGUAGCACUUACACUGUUGUUUACUCGCGUUUUAUGUUUUUCUGGUGGAUGGUUUUACUUCUAGUUACAAGAUAGGACUUUACUUUUGAUCCCUCAGAAAUCUGGCAAACAAGCUCUUGGGUGAUGCCAAAACUAAGCCAGUCUAAUGUAGCAUUCAGAGACAUAACUUGGGAUCCCGUCAAUAAACAGGUGAAAACGUAACUAUUCCUCUGUUAAAGCUUGUAACUCUUCGAAGAAAGACGGCUAAAACGUAGGAAUUGAUGCAAAGAUAGUGGUGUAAAGAAAGUACCCCCAUAUCUCCUGACUGAUAGCCUCUCCGCUAUCCAACUUCGAGGAGCUGAGUUAUUGAACCCUCUCGAGAGGGUGAGAUGGAGCUACUUUGAUGGGGUGAUCUGAUUCUUGUUAUCUCUCUUUCGUUUUCUUGAUUUUUCUAGAGAAGGAAAGGUUUUGACUUCCUCGAUACUAGUAAUUCAACCUGGCUAUUUUUUUACCCUUUACAGCUGCGACCACGAACGGCAAAAACCAACAGGGUUCUUCAAGUGUGCAGUGCACGAAUGAUACCAUCAAUAGGAUCAGGUCAGUCCCAGGCCCACUAUGACGACUUGAUGAUAGAUCAGCAGUAGAACUUAGCUCAUUUAUGUCAAAAAAAAAAGAUUUAUUCUUACAUUCAAAAACUAAUAUAAUAAGCGUAAGUGAAAAACUGCAAGUUUGGACGGGGGUCAAUCUGAAUUUCUUUCUCCACCCUUUUCUUUAAACCUAGGAACUGUCUCCUCUAAUGCAUGUUAUAUGUCUGCUAAGAGUACGGCUGCUUAGGUUGGACUCAAAUUCAGUUAUCCUCAUCACUUGUAAAUUGUACAAGGCUGCUCUAUUUGUUUGAGCUGCAACAGUGUUUCUCAGUGGUACGUAUUCAACUGUCUCAAAGAGUGAAUGAGUAAACUUUUCAGUUGUCAUUAAGGUGACUCACUGAAUCUUCUUCUAAACUUUCCUCCAUUCUGGUAUCUUGAUUCUAAGGUGUUGAAGUUAUAAGCCGACAUGUGAGGAUUGUGAUUUGGGAUAACAGCAAGAAACAGGUAUAAAAUGCACUUAAACAGGCGAUGGUGCUAUUUUGAUCUCGGUGCUGCCAAAACCGUUCACUUACUUUUGAUAUUUAUCAUCAGCCUCUUAGCAAUGUUCAUUCAGUCCGCGCAACUACGACGGAAAAAGAUCCAGCGUCAUGGAACUUUAACCCAAAGGUAAUAUGGGCAAACACCAUUUGGUACAAGGUCACUCUCAAACCGUGUUUCAAGUUUUCCGAUACUGUUUGAAGGUCUAUUUUUCCAUCUGAUUUAACCUUGGAUAUAUUUCCUCAAACCAAAGGCGAUGCUUUCAUGGAUAUUUUUAUUACAUUGCGCCAAAAAAAAUCAGCUUAGAAUGAAGAGAGAUUAUGAACUGGAAAAGAAAAUGUAUAUAUUAAUAUGAAUGAUCGGAGUCAAAAUUUCUGUGUGGGCACAUCUAUUUAAGCGCUCAUGUCGACCGCCAUGCACUUUUCACUUUAAGACUGUGCAACUGCCCGCACCGUGUCACGUACACAACCUGUAUGAAAGCUUUUCAUUUGAUUUUACAUGCAGUGUUCUACCAGUGUUUACGACUCUGAGAUUCUGGCUCGUAUUAAUUCCAAUGACGAUUCCCAAGGUAAGUUCACGCUGCCGUGUUGGUCUUGUAACGUGCUAGUGAAUAAAACAAGAAACUUUCCUUCUCUGAAUUAAUGUUAAUGUUUUUACCAUUACAUUGAUCUAUUUCCAUCUCUGAUUCUCAUUAUAUUUCUUUUCUUGUAGUUAUCCUUUUUGAAUUGAACAUACUUUAUAGAAGAACGGUAAGUGUUUAUCUGCUUGAGUUCGGUGCACAUUUGAAUAAACGCAACAGAUGACCUUUUAACCGUGAGUUUGAUAUAUUUUAUUGUUAUAGUCCACUGGUGAGAAAGGUGAAGUGGCAUGUGGUUGGUGUGCAAUUAAACUGUUUGAAGAAAACGGAGCACCGGUGCCUAACAAGUAAGACAGUCCAUUCACGUAACGUGUAGCCAUUACCUCUUUGAGAGUUUCCGUUACAACAAAGUGUAAUACCUGUGCUUUUCUUUUCUUUUUUACAGGACGUACGAAAUCCAUCUUAAUGGUGGAACACCGUUUGACAUUGGGGUCGACCUGGAUCCUUCAGUCAGUUUGAAAGGUAAAGUUUCUGACAGGCAGGCAUUACAAGUCCAAUUGAAAUACAUUUUUAAAUCCCUCAUUACUGCUUUGUAUGUUUUAGCCCUGUCAGAACUGAACAGACAUACUGACACUGAAAAGAAUCCCUUCAAUUAGGUUUUUAUCAGUGAUGUCAUCAUAGACCUUUUUUAAAAUCCAUCAAUGAAACCUGAUGGGCUAUAAAAAUAUAUUUUUGCAACAUGGCGCAGUUCUUCGCGCAUUUGGCUCAAAAGUAUGCAGAAAUAACCGGUGGUAACUAUGCUUUCGUCUUUAUUUGCUUGUAUUUAUUGUUUCAGCCAGCACCAGUCGCUUCCAACAAGUUGUCCGAACCAAUCGCCAGCCGAGGUUGACAGUGAAACUCGUUUCUUUUCCAAGUCAACGAAGAGACAUAUAUGAGUAAGCAAGAAUUUUUUUUUUUUUUUUUUUUUUUUUCCUCGGACAAAUACCAAAGCAUUUCGUGAAUGUUUAGUUAAAUGAUAACUUAAUUGUUGAUGCCUAGAUUUAGUCAAACUCAGUCACAUGUUCAGUUCGGGUUUGAAUCUCUUUGCAGCAUGUUACCAGACACUUUAUUGACAUGUCACACAUAUGCUCAGUUCAUUUCUUUGUACCGCCAAUUGCUGACUGAGAUUAUCAUGUACGAGUUGCGGGACAGUCAAGAUGCAGGUAUCUUGUGAUGAAUUGUUUGUACGUUAACUCAUUGCCAUCCUCUCCCAGACGGAGAAGACGUUAAUCCGAGUAUAUAAGGCUUCUAUGAGUAAAAAAUGUUAAUUUGAAUUGAAAUGGAAAUCAUAAGCUGCUGUAGUUCCCUCCACGCCUGACGUUUUAAAGCAAGAAGCUCUUUUGGGAAAAGUAACGGUAUUACUUUCUUUCUUUCCUUUCCUUUCCUUUCCUUUCCUUUCCUUUCCUUUCCUUUCCUUUCCUUUCCUUUCUUCCAUUAUUCGUUUCAGGUUUUGUUAUGGAUCCUGUUAUAUCAACAUUUCCAAAAAUUCUCUAUACUCAUGAUGUGAUGGAUGCUCUCAAGGUAAGCAACCUCCUAGACUUGAUGUCAGCCCAAGUAAAGGACUUCAAUGUGAGGUUUACUUGUUGACAGGUUCGAGUGGAAGCAAUCAGUGUUAGGGUGCGCUGCUCCUUGUCGUCACAAGUGCCCACGUACUACCAGUUAGACACGAUUCAAUCGAAACUCCCGCUUCUUCUGAGCAUGUUGUAGCUUAAGACUUUUAUCACGUUUAAAUUCGUCUCUAAAAUUAUGCCUCUGAACUAUAAAAUGAAUAAUUUAUUUUCUCGAUAUAGCGCUGCUGGGACGAGAAAAGCAAGCGAGCACUCAAGCGAUCCCAACGAGUAAGUACUGAGUUACCGCCGCCGCUAUAAAGAAAUACUCAAGUACCUUUAGUUAUAUUUACUCUAUGAAGCUUGCAAGAGUAACGUUUUGUUCAACUGACGCACAAAAGCAAAUCAAGUAAAGCUUUGAAGCAAGCAAUUCAACCGUUAUCGUGGUUAUUAUGGAUCAAGUGGAUCAGGACCACUGGUCUCUUAGAAGUGCACAGGUUCCUGUUUAUCCCAAAUGCUCCCAGAUUUCCGAUUUCCUGGCCAAUAUUCAUUCCCACCUCUUUGAUUGCCUUUUUCUAUAGAGAGACGAAGCACACAUGAGAAGAUUCUUCAGGGAGGUCUACAUGGACAGUGUAUUUCCAAUUUUAAACUCCACUGAAUUACCGCCGUACAUUUGGGGCAACGAUGAGAGAGAAAAGGUCUAAUUACACCAAAUUUUUUAUCACUCCUGUAAUACUUUGUGAGCCUGUCUUCUCUACUUAGCUAAAACAGUUAAAUAAAAUCACAGGAAUUCUUUUAUUAAAGCUGGUAUAUUUUGUAUAUUUCAGGAUAGACUUCAAUGGAUUAUAGGCCACUGUGAUAAACGAACAGCCGUGGAAAGUUUACUGUCACCAAACAGACUCUACAAACCGUUCAACGUGGACCGCUUUACUCUUGAUAUGUCUAAGCUAACAGCAACGUGACACUGAAGUGUUUACCGAAUCCUAACAUGUUACAGUAAAUUCAACUCUACAAAUAUUUUCAGCGGUUGAAGCAGUAUCUCCUUGGAAAUAAUUAACACUUAUUUUCAUAUUAAUUUAUUGCCAAGUUAGGUGAAUUUUUAAAUUUGAUGGAAACUGGACAUAGCU